CGCGCAUAACAGGAAGCGCGUCUAUCAGAGUCCCCUUCGCAGAGACGUUGCCUGCCUUUCAAACUCGCCAACCCCCCCCUAACCAGCUGGCAUCUCCCAACCAGCCCCCCGCCCGCACUUCAUCUAACAACAACACUCCACAAAGCCACUCUAUCUGAGCUCAUCAAACAACCCAAGAUGGGCCAAAACCAAUCAGGCCUCCCCGGUUUCCCCGGCGGCGACGCCAAUGGUGCCGGCGGCAACAAGGAUGGAGAUAAGGAUAAGAAGCCGGAGAAGAAGAAGUGGGAGCCGCCGAUCCCGACGCGCGUAGGGAAGAAGAAGAGAAAGGGGCCUGAUGCUGCUACUAAAUUGCCGAAUGUCUUCCCAACAACCCGCUGCAAGCUGAAGCUCCUCAAAAUGGAGCGCAUAAAGGACUACCUUCUCAUGCAAGAAGAAUUCGUGCAAAACCAAGAGCGUCUCAAACCGCAAGAGGAGAAAAACCAAGAAGAGCGCACAAAAGUUGAUUCUCUCCGCGGCAGCCCCAUGCACGUCGGCAGCCUCGAAGAAAUCAUCGACGACGACCACGCCAUCGUGUCCGCCUCCACGGGUCCCGAAUACUACGUCUCGAUCAUGUCGUUUGUCGAUAAGGAUAUCCUUGAACCGGGCUGCUCGAUCUUGAUGCAUCAUAAGAAUCUUUCGGUUGUGGGGGUGCUGAGUGAUGAUGCGGAUCCGGCGGUCAGUGUGAUGAAGGUGGAGAAGGCGCCGACGGAGAGUUAUGCGGAUGUGGGGGGUUUGGAGCAGCAGAUUCAGGAGAUUAAGGAGGCGGUGGAGUUGCCGUUGACGCAUCCGGAGUUGUAUGAGGAGAUGGGGAUCAAGCCGCCGAAGGGUGUCAUUUUGUACGGUUGUCCUGGCACUGGCAAAACGCUCCUCGCCAAAGCCGUAGCAAACCAAACCUCCGCCACCUUCCUCCGCAUCGUUGGCUCGGAGCUAAUCCAAAAGUACCUCGGUGACGGCCCCAAACUCGUCCGCGAGCUCUUCCGCGUUGCCGAAGAACACGCCCCAUCCAUCGUCUUUAUCGACGAAAUCGACGCCAUCGGCACCAAACGCUACGACUCGACCUCCGGCGGCGAGCGCGAGAUCCAACGCACCAUGUUGGAACUCCUCAACCAACUGGACGGGUUCGACUCCCGCGGGGAUGUUAAAGUCAUCAUGGCCACGAACAAGAUUGAGAGCCUGGACCCGGCGUUGAUUAGGCCUGGGAGGAUCGAUAGGAAGAUUGAGUUCCCGUUGCCGGAUGUGAAGACGAAGCGGAGGAUCUUUGGGAUUCAUACGAGUCGGAUGACGUUGGGGGAUGAUGUGGAUUUGGAGGAGUUUGUGAUGGCGAAGGAUGAUUUGAGUGGGGCUGAUAUCAAGGCCAUCUGCACGGAAGCCGGUCUCCUUGCCCUCCGCGAACGACGCAUGCGCGUAGUCGCGGAUGAUUUGCGCAAGGCCAAGGAGAAGGUGCUGUACCGCAAGACCGAGGGCACGCCCGAGGGAUUGUACUUGUAGCGAGCGGGAUACGGGGCGUGGGGUCUUUGUCUUUGUUUGAACGGGUUCUGUCUCCCAGAGUCAUUCUCUCAUUUUCUGUGAUGUGAUUGUGAAGUGUAUAGCGCAUUGGCCCCUUUUGUCUUGCUCUCUCGUCGGUCGGACGUAUGCAUGUGCUAAUACUGCGCGUGACGGCCUUCCCUUCUUGCGGAUUGUGUCGGGUUGCUCGUCUCCCCACCGACCUUCAUCCACCCCCAUCGGCAACGUUAUAGAAGUAGGCUGCAUCUACCCACACCCGCAAACCGACCUGCACUCAACCCCGACCCCAGUCAGUAACCCUAACCCUAACCCUAACCCUAAGAUCGGUUUGCCAGCCGUUGGUCCAGGAAAGGAAAACUCCAGAUCCACAUGGUUCUAUGAAGUACUGUAGGAUAGCGCCCG